AGUGACCGCAAGUGGAUUCUCCGAUUUAAGGAGGCGUGCCGCAAAUUGGUGCGAAAAAUUUACGAUGCUUCCUCUUGUUCCUUUCGCAGUGCAGCAACAACAGCAGCAAGAAAAGCACCAACCAAGCAACAACACUGUACUGUUUGUAACUCGAGGCGGUAGUAGCAUCAGCGUCGAGAGAAGACCAACACAACGAAAGCCCAGCUUGUAGCUAGCUAGAGAGCAAAGACAGAGUAGUAUAUUGAAGAGAGAGGACGAUGACGUUAUCGUUGGCACACCGCCGUCUCCACUUCUGCGUGGCACUGCUUCUGCUACUUCUACCAAGUAGUGUCCAUGCCUCGACGAAUAUUCGUGGACAGCGUCAACUGCAACAACAACAAGUAGCUGUAGCACCUUGGUACCAAUCGAUUCCUCCCGUUUCCGGUUGGUCCGAAGAGCGCUCCACUUAUGUGCAGUAUCCACCCGCCACUUCCGAUGCACUCAAGGAAGAACUCUCCGUGAUUGCGUCUCCCCUGGGGCUGGAAAUCACCGUCAAUGUAGCCAAUUACGAAGAAACAUUUGCCAUUUUUGCCAUGCUCAAAGGAUUGGUCCAUCGCUUUCGACGACAGAAUCAAAUCAUUCACGUCAAUCCGCACUACUACAUUGCCAGCGGACUCGAAUUCGAAUGUCGCACGCUGCGGGAAGAUCCCGAUACCGGACGCACCGUCGAAUUGCCCGUUGAUUCGGAAAAGUGUCGUCGCGAUUGUACCAACGCCGGACGCUACUGCAUGAAUCCGCCCCCGAUUAAUCCAGUGCAACCCGAAGAACGCAUUCUCGGGCGCGAUGUCGUCUUGGAGACCUUGCGACGCAUGUGUAUUGCCGAACUCUACAAGGCAUCCGACUUGAAAUUCUUUGAAUACUUGGAUUUUCUACACGACUCUCCGUGCUAUUCCGCUUCCGACACGAGCAGUCACACCCGCAUGAGUUGGGAGAAUUGCGCGCUGCAAGCCUUACACAAGUUACCAUCGUCCGUCUCGACGCAAUCCGUGGAAAAUUGCAUGCAUAUGGCCGGAGGAUUCGACGACGAUACACCCAAUGUCCAUUUGCAAGAAGAAGUCGACAAGCGCCAAAAACACAUGCUCUACACGCCACAAGAGUUGCCAUUGAUGCAUGUCGGUCUUCCGUCUCCCGAAAAUGAUUUCCACUCGCCGCCGUGGACUGUAUCGUCCAUUUUGGAUCAUGUCUGUCGCGUUUAUCAACGACAAACGGGAAUGUUGCCAUUGGCAUGUCCCAUUUGUCAACCGUGUGCUCAUACGCGCAAGUGUCUGUGGAUGUUGGAAUGCGAUGGACGACCCUUUGACAUGGCCAUGUUGGCACAGCCGGGGGUCGGUAUGACGACGACAACGACUGCGAUUCCACCCGUGACGACACCCCAAGAACCCUUACUACCCCAAGCAGGAGUGACCAGUCCACAAGAAGUAGUAGUGGAACCACCAGCUACGGAACAAGUAGAAGAAUCCUCCUACGAUAACGAGACUCCUCCUCCGACGGAAAUAGAACAAGAAAAGGAUGGAGAAUCGGCAACGUAUCCGCCGUUUAUUUUCGGGGAUGAGCCAGCGGAGGACGCAACCAAUACGAAUGCGCCGCCACCACCACCAGAGUCAUCCAAUUCCAACCCAGAAGAAGAAGCUACGCCCACGGAAUCAUCAGAAAUUGUGCUUGCCACCUACCCGCCCAAUAUCUUGGAGACUUCGAGUGAGCCACAGGAGGAGGAACCAGAACAAGUCGAGGAACCGAAGGAAGAGGAACCAAUGGAGGAAGAUCCAGAACAAGAAGAACCGAAAGAAGAGGAGGAACCAAAGGAAGAGGAGAAAGACCAAGAAGACGAAGAGCUGCAGCAGCUCGAAGAGGAAAAGAAAGAGAUUGAACAAGAAGAGGAGGAAUUAAAGGAAGAAGCAAAGGAGGAGAACCACGAAAAGCAAGAGCUCUUGUGGCUGGCAGACCUUGAAACGAACGCCUUGAUUGCACUGCUUCUCGUAUUGUGUGUCUGUCUGGGUUAUGGGAUGAUGCACGGAUACCGUCUUCGACAGGAAAAACUCAAGGAACAAUACCGCAACGCCACGGAAGCGCGAUGGAAGCAGCGGGAGGAAGACGCGACGAGCCACAAAUCAGUGCGCUUUGAUUUGGCCGACAUUCGGCAUCCUGACAAGGACAAAAAGGAUGCCAUGACCAGUUUCUGGGAGUUUUGGGGUUUGGGCGGAGACGACAAAUCCAAACGAGCGUCACUCAAUGAGAAUGUCAAUCGAUUCAACAAGAAAAGCAAACCCCAAAGUGCGAAGAAACAAAGAAUGUCCAUCAAUGGUGGCCGUCGUUACUCACAUGAUGGAGGUCGUCGUCGAUCGUCCAUCGAACCGGACUUCAAAUUGCCGUUUGAAAGUCCUCGCUACACGACCGGGCAUGCGGCUGCUUUGGCCGAAGCAGCGGCCACAGGACAAACACCUCCUCGCUUCCCUCCCAUUACUGAUACCAGCGAGAGCGAAAAUGGGUCCGAUGCCACGCCCGAGCAUUUGCGGUAUUCGUCCGAUUGGAUGACGGGAUUCUCGGAUUCCAACCCUUUUGCCCCUCCCGGUGGCGACCCUUUUGCCCCUCCCAACCCUUAUGCCAAUGCGCCAGACCCGUUUGCCAACCCAUUUUCGCCGUCCUCUUCCAACAACGGGAGCUAUUACCAAGAUAGCUUUGCGCUUCCCACCCCCAGCAGCCCCACGGAGACAAGCAGCAAUAGCCGCACCACGAGCAGUAACAACGACGAUGGCCAAGAUGAGCUUGGUACUAGCCUACCUCCGUUGAGGCCACUACCCACGGCGCAUAUGGAUGAAGCGAUGCCUCCCAGCAGUAACAGCAGCAGUUCCUCCAAUAACAGCAGUUAUCGUUAUUCAGGCUCUGGCACCGGAGAUGACGAAGGAGCUUUUGAAGGGCUGAAAGACGUCACAGACCUUUAA